UUUUCAUAAAAAAAAAAAGUUGUAAUGAGAUACGAUACACUAACGCGAUUGAUUCGUAGAUGCGGAAAAUGUGCACAAACGAGAACGAUCCAACUCGAUCUACGGAGCUUGAACAUUCAAGGCGAUGUGCGUCGCGUAGACUGCGUCGACGGCGAUCACUUCGUAGCUAUAACGUUGAACGAUGAGAUAAUCGACGUUAACGAUACUUAUUGUGAUCGACUCGACGAUGAAUGGCGGGAGGUCCGAGCGGAUCGUGAUAAGGUGCUCUUUUACACACUGAGCCAGAUUGUUUAUCCAGACUUCGACACGCCACGACCGGAAAAGCUUGAAUCGUUGUACGCUAUGGUGGGCGAAUUCGAUGUCGUAUUACUAAGGUGGCAAGGAGGCAAAGCGAUCGGGUUUUAUACCGUUAAACCUACAGGUACGGAAAUAUUCUCGACGAAAGAGAGAUACGUGAUGCCUGUAGUAGAUACCGCGUACAUUCGUUCGGAAUAUAGAAACCGGGGUUUCGGUACGGGAAUUCUGUCCGACGUAAUCGCGCGCUUUCCAAACGAAGAUAUCGGUUUCUCGAAGCCAAUCUCCAGCGGAAUGUUACGAAUACUGAAGGCAUUCCUGACGAGUCACAAGGAGUACCGGCUGCGUUUCUGGGAGAUCGCGGACUGCGAUAUCAGCGGGUCUCAGCAAUUGAUAUGGUGUACUUUGAAAAGAGCAACGUUAUGACAAAAAGCAAUUAGAAUUUAUUAUAAAAGCCACCACAAUGGCGUAACAGGGUAUUUAUGUAUUGUACAUUAUACUUGUAUAUGCAUGUUUAUACAUAUACGUAUAUCUAGAGAAAUGCAUAUAUAAUAUACGUACAUAUAUACAUACAUACGUAUGUAUGUAUAUAAAAAUUAAAUGGAAUAUAUUAUUUGAAAAAAUUUACCAUCGCUUAACGAAGGAAGGAGUACUCAUUGCCUCAUAAAUGUGUACGAAACGCAUCUAUAUUAUUUAAUCUCGUAAAUAGCAUGUAUCCGUUUUAUUUUAAAUUACUCUUAAAUUCGUUCAAUAAAAUUGAUCCUAUAACCAUU